CAGAAGGGAGAGCAUACUGCCUCAGCCCAGGGCACAAUGAGAUCGCUUCGCUUCAUUGCUGCAGAAGCCCUGGUGUCCCACCCCUUGCUGGCCCGGGAUAGCCUGGACAGUGUGGCCUACAACCUCUACCCACUCUUGUUCAAGGCCAGCUACCUGUUGGAGCAAGCAGAAGUGACCCGCGCUGUGUUGGGGUGUUGGCCCCUGGAGGAGUUCCGGCUGGCCAUGCUGCUGGGGCCCAGCACUGACCACCCAGAGGACCUGUGUGACCGGGCCUGUAGGACCUGCCUGGAGGCCUGCAUGCAAGGCCUUGGUGACCAUGUGCUGAAGAGUGGGAGCCACCGGCUGCGGCUGGCAGACCUCACAGGCAUCCGCGAUGUGCAGCAGCAGCGGUGCCCCUGUGGGAGGAUGCUGGGGAGGUGGGGCCGCACGCAGCUGCUGGCCAGGACCUGCUGUGAGCUGCAGGCACAGCCCUGUGUGGCCGGGCGCCCUGUUGAAGUCCUGGCCGAUCUCUUCGUAACUAAUGGCAACUUUGAGGCAGUGGUGCAGGCUCUGAAGCCAGCAGGCCUGGCCCCACUGCAGGUGCGCUGCCUCUCAUUCCGUGCAGACAGCCUGAGUCCCGGGCAGCUCCUGCUGGUCCUGGGCCUGGCUGAGCCAGCUGCACUGCGCAAGCUAGAGGUAGUACACAAUGUGCGGCUACACGCUGGCCAUGUGCUGCAGCUGCUGGCCCAGGUGGGUUUUCCCCGGCUGGCCUCACUCACCCUGCCCACCAAGGCCUUUGAUGUGCCUCCUACUUGUACCCCAGCUCCUGAGGGCCAGGACCUCCUCCUUGCCUCCAUCGCCUGGGAGCUAAGCCGCAUGACCCACCUCACCGAGCUAAGUGUGGCCUUCUCCUCAUUGACUGGGAAGAUCCGGACUCUGCUUGGCCCUCUCAGGACUCCACUGCGAGUGCUGGACCUGGCCAAUUGUGCCUUGAACCAUGCAGACAUGGCCUUCUUGGCAGACUGUGCCCAUGCCACCCACCUGGAGGUGCUGGACCUCAGUGGACACAGCCUGGUCCACUUGUACCCCUCAACCUUCUUUAGGCUGCUGCGCCAAGCUGCCCAGACGCUGAGGGUACUGACACUGGAGGACUGCAGCAUCUCAGACAGCCACGUGGGGAUGAUGAUCCUGGGUCUGAGCCCCUGCACCCAGCUCCAGGAGUUCAAGUUCCUGGGGAACCCCCUGUCAGCCCGUGCCCUCAGACGCCUCUUUGCUGCUCUCUGUGAGCUCCCCAAGCUGCAGCGUGUUGAGUUCCCAGUGCCAAAGGACUGCUACCCCGAAGGCAUGGCCUACCCCCAGGAUGAGCUGGCUGCAUCCAAAUUUGACCAGCAGAAGUACAAUGUGAUUGCUGAGGAGCUGCACUUGCUGCUGCUGCAGGCAGGCCGGGAGGAUAUCCAGGCUUCCACACCACUCCUUGGAAGCUUUGACCCAGACAUUCAGGAAACGAGCAAUGAGCUCGGUGUUUUCUUGCUGCAAGCUUUCAAAAAUGCUUUAGAAAACUUUUCUAGAACACUAAGACAAAUGGAGUAGGCUCCCAAAUCAUGCCAAGAAUGGGUCUUGCAUUUUAGCCCACAUAGCACCUGGGAUCUAUCCCAGACAGAAGGGCUAGGCCAAGCAUUCAUCACCAAUAACUUCAUCAGCAAAAGCACUUCUUAGUGAAAAUUGUAGGUGUACCCAUUAGGCGCUGUAGGAGAGGAAGUCCUGCCUUCUAGAUGUGACAUGGUGUCCCUGGAUGUUACCACAGCAGGAUCGCGGAGCCAAGGAUCUGAGAAGAGAGACCACCACGGUGGCAGAAGGUAGAGAAGUGGUUGGACAGGCACUAGGGCAGGUGGCAGUUGGGGACAAGGUCCACCUGCUACACAACAGUGAGGAUAAAUACGAGAACUUAUUGCAGAAUACGUAUAAAAGAAGCAGCAGCCCAUGAAAGUUAACUGAGAAAGACUAAACAUGAAAAGUAAAAAUGAAAAGUAAGCCAGACAGACCGCUGUGCCCAGCAGAAGGCGCUGCACACAGGGUCAUGGUUUGCCUGCUGCACUAAUGCUCACAAGACAAGGCCUGGGGUGAGGUGGGGUGCCUUCCUCCUCUCUGGUAUCCAAGUGAGAGCUGGCUCUUGUCUCAUCUCUGCCCAGCAGCCCUCUGAGCCCCAGCCGUGGGCAUUCACAAUUGGGGAGAUUGCAGUCUGGCCUUGGCAACCUUUGAGGGGCGCUAAUUACCACCAGAGAAAGAUGCAUUUGGACUUGGUUUCCACCACAACCGGCUUUGUCAAAGAAAUGAGUAUUAGGAUGAUUAAAUGCUAUAAAACAAAAGUGUGGUUUA